AUGACUCUAUCCCUAUCUAUUCCUCCCAAAGGGCAAAGUCCUUUGCGAUGGUCGCGUGCCGGAAGCAGAGACGGCCUGGCCUACGGCUGCCUGCUGCGCAACGAACUCUUAGACGCCGACAUCGACGACGUCCGAAUGUCGUACGACGGCUGCGACGACAGGACGUCGUCGUCGGCGGCGCAGAGCAACGCCAACAAUAUCGGAGCAGCGAACGGAGCAGGAGUAGCCAACGGCAUAGGAGGAGCGCCCUGCGGGCCGCCGCUGUUCCGGUAUCGGUCGCCACAGAAACAGGAUGUACCAGGAGCAGCACCCUAUUCCCUAUCGCCGGUCAGUGCCAAAUCGCAACGCCUGCUCCGAUCGCCCUGCAAGGCGACCAGAAAGAUCUCGAAGAUCCCUUUCAAAGUCCUGGACGCACCAGAAUUACAGGACGAUUUCUAUCUGAAUCUGGUUGACUGGUCAGCCCUUAACGUCCUCAGUGGAUUGGGCAGCUGCGUUUAUUUGUGGAGCGCCUGCACCAGCCAGGUGACUCGUUUAUGUGACUUGAGCUCUGAUGGCAAUGCAGUUACAUCUGUGUCGUGGAAUGAGAGAGGAAAUUUGGUGGCGGUUGGAACACAUCACGGUUACGUAACGGUUUGGGACGUUGCGGCCAACAAACAGGUUAACAAAUUGCAUGGACAUAGUGCGAGAGUUGGUGCCUUAGCAUGGAAUGGUGAUCUUUUGUCUUCGGGCAGUCGUGAUAGGCUGAUUUUACAAAGAGAUACGAGGACACCAAGUGUGGUGCCCGAACGAAGACUUGCAGGUCACAGACAAGAAGUAUGUGGUCUAAAAUGGUCUCCAGAUGGACAAUAUUUGGCAUCAGGUGGAAAUGAUAACAGAUUACACGUUUGGAGUGGCAAUGCAAAUUCAAUAAACUCCUCGAGUCCCGUACAAACUUAUGCAGAACAUGUGGCUGCUGUUAAGGCAAUCGCCUGGUCACCUCACCAUCAUGGACUUUUGGCCAGCGGAGGUGGAACUGCUGACAGGUGUAUCAGAUUUUGGAACACGUUGACUGGACAACCCAUGCAGUGUGUAGAUACAGGAUCUCAAGUGUGCAACCUCGCCUGGUCAAAACAUAGCUCGGAGUUAGUUUCAACACACGGAUAUAGCCAGAAUCAAAUACUGGUUUGGAAAUAUCCUAGUUUAACUCAGGUUGCCAAAUUAACAGGACACUCCUAUCGAGUCCUGUAUUUAGCCUUAAGUCCUGAUGGUGAAGCCAUCGUCACUGGUGCUGGGGAUGAAACAUUAAGAUUUUGGAACGUAUUUUCCAAAGCCAGAAGUCAAAAAGAGAAUAAAUCUGUACUAAAUCUAUUCACUAGCAUACGGUAAACGAAAUUAUAACAUGUGUGGAUAUACACACAUAACAAUAUAUAUAUAUAUAUAUAUAUAUAUAUAUGUAUAUAUAUAUAUAUAUAUUUGUGUG